AAACAAUACUCUGGAACAGUUGCUGGCUCAGGUGCGAGAUUUGCAGGCUCGAGUCGAGGGGAGAAAAAUGGGAAGCUCGAGAGGACAUCCAUUUUCACAGCACAUCCUAGACGCCGACUUACCCCAGGGGUUUAGAGAGCUCAACAUCUGGUACGACGGGUUGACUGACCCUUCUCGACACCUGAGGAGUUUUGAGAAUAUGGCGGUCUUGCACCGGUACAAUGACCAUGUUCAAUGUCGAGCGUUCCUGACGACUCUGAGGGGAUCUGCAGAAGAUUGGUUCCAUCAACUGCCCCCGGAAGCCAUCAGGGACUUUGACGGGUUCAACUCAAGUUUUCUGAACCAAUUUGCAAGCGUGAAGGCCCAGGAAAAGUCUUACCUUACUCUGAUAGGUAUGCAACAGAAGGAAGGAGAAACGUUGCGGGAUUAUGUGGCGAGAUACACGAGGGCAUGUGUCGACUUACCUUCAGCCACUAAGGAGAUUAAGUCGGGUGGACUAAUUAGAGGAUUGCUCCCAGGGCUGUGCAAGAAUUCCCUGGAAAAACGACCUGGGAGGACCUUCACGAGGUCCUGGGGAGGUAAGAGAAGAAGGACAAAAGGCCGAGCUCCACGGCAGAGAGGAAGGGAUCCACGAGAGCGGAGAGAGAGGGGCAAUUCGAAUGGAUGGAAAUCGACUCAAUAUACCCCCUUGUCGGUUCCGUAUGCGAGAACAUUAGAGGUAAUGGAGAAGGAGAUCCGCGAAAAUGUUGUCAGAUGGCCUCGGACGAGAAAGGAUGGACCGACACAGCCCAAGAGCAAUCUGUAUUGUCGAUUCCACAAGGAUUAUGGGCACAACACUGAAGAAUGCCGGCACCUCAAGGACGAGAUCAAGAGACUGAUCAAAGCAGGCCAUCUGAAGGAGUUCAUUUAUAAAGAUCGUGAGAGAACCAGUCGGCGAAGGGAGAGAAGUAAGAGCCCUUGCAAGAGGGCGAGGACACCCGAAAAGGAGGAGCUUCUUCAGAAAAGAGGGGUAAUUCAUAUGAUAUUCGGAGGACCAACGGAUGGAGAUUCGAAUCGAGCCAGAAAGGCAUACGCUCGAGGCCGCCAUGGAAAAGCCGAAGUGCAGCAGGUCGAGGAGAAUGGCCCGGUGAUGAAUUUUGCGCCAGCAUAUAUAGGCGAGGUCGAGAGACUGCAUAUUGAUGCCCUAAUGAUAACUGCACAGGUAUCGGGUUAUGAGGUGCAGAGGGUGUUUGUCGACACCGGGAGUUCGGUAAACGUGAUCUUUUAUGAUUGCCUCAGGAGAAUGGAGCUUGAUCUUGAAUUGACACCUUUGCAUACAUCACUCUAUCGAUUCAAUGGCUCAGAAGUCGCACUCUUGGGAGAAACCAUGCUCGCAGUCGUCCUUGGAGAAGGAGACCUACGAAAAGUCAAAAUGGUGAGAUUUGUGGUAGUCGAU